AACAACAUGAACUUGUUUUCUGUGUCUGUGCUUCUAACUUGGCUUCUUCUUCAGGUGGUCUGGAGUCUGCCUGCUCCAGAGACAACUGAAGUGGAUGUAGAUGGAGGAAUUGAACGAGACAUCUUUGACAUCAAUGAAGCUUUAGGACUAGACCUUUUUGAGGGAGACAUCAAACUUCAUGGGGAACGAAACUCCAUCAUUGGUGACAACUAUCGGUGGCCCCAUGUUAUUCCCUACGUCCUCGAGGACAGUCUGGAAAUGAAUGCUAAGGGACUCAUCCUCAAGGCAUUUGAACAAUAUCGACUGAAAACCUGUAUUGACUUUAAACCUUGGGAAGGGGAGAAGAAUUACAUAUCUGUGUUCAAAGGAAGUGGCUGCUGGUCCUCAGUGGGAAACAUGCAAAUGGGGUUGCAGCAGCUCUCCAUCGGAACCAACUGUGACAGAAUUGGGACAAUCCAGCAUGAGUUCCUGCACGCCCUGGGAUUCUGGCAUGAGCAGUCACGGUCUGACCGGGAUGACUAUGUGACCAUUGUCUGGGACAGGAUUCAGUCUGGUAAAGAGCAUAAUUUCAAUAAAUAUGAUGAUAAAACAUCAGACUUCCUAAAUGUUCCCUAUGACUAUAAUUCUGUGAUGCACUAUAGCAAAACUGCAUUCAGGAAUGGAACUGAAUCCACCAUCAUCACUAACAUACCAGACUUCAUGGAUGUUAUAGGACAGAGAAUGGAUUUCAGUGAUUAUGAUCUCCAGAAACUGAACCGGCUGUACAAUUGCUCCUCCUCACUAAGUUUUAUGGACACAUGCAGUUUUGAACUUGAAAAUAUUUGUGGCAUGAUUCAAAGUCCACACGAUAACAGUGAUUGGCAGCGUUUGUCUCAGGUUCCUGCUGGGCCAAAUACUGAUCACACUAAUAUGGGAGAAUGCAAAGAUUCUGGCUACUUCAUGCAUUUCAACACCAGUGCUGGAGAAGAAGGAAGCACAGCUCUCCUGGAGAGCCGAAUUUUUUAUCCCAAAAGGGGCUUUCAGUGCUUACAAUUCUAUUUAUACAACAGUGGUCAUGAAAGUGACCGGUUGUAUGUCUUCGUCAGGGAGUACACUUCAGCCCAUCCGAACGGCACUUUGAGAUUCAUUGAAGAGAUAAAAGGUUCACCUGAGACUUACUGGCAGCUCCAUCAUGUUUCUUUGAAUGUCACGAGUAAAUUCCGGGUUGUGUUUCAAGGCGUGAGAGGAAGUGGCUUAUCAAACGGAGGCCUCUCUAUCGAUGACAUCAACUUGUCAGAAACUCAGUGUCCCCACCAUGUCUGGCAUAUCAGAAAUUUCACAAAUCUCCUCAACACAAGUCCAGCAGGGGAAGCAGGAAGAAUAUACAGUCCACCUUUUUACUCUAGUAAAGGAUAUGCUUUCCAGGUCAGCUUGUACGUAAAUGGCACCACUGAUAACCCAUUUAAUUUAGGAAUAUACUUGUCCUUGAUAUCUGGAGCAAAUGAUGAUCAUUUGCAAUGGCCCUGUGCAUGGCAGCAAGGUACCAUGAUUCUGCUCGACCAGCAUCCUGAUAUUCGUCAACGGAUGUCAAACCAAAGGAGUAUAACAACGGACCCCCAGAAAUUAUCAGAUUCCUCAUCAAAAUUUUUUUGGGAUAGGCCAGAUAUAGUGGGAUCCCCAGCAACUUUUCCCAAUGGAACUAACUUCAGGAGAGGUCCAGGAUUUGGAACAGCAACAUUUUUAACUCAUGAGAGACUUAGAAGACGCAACUUUAUUAAAGAAGAUGGUGUCUAUAUUCUUUUAACAAUGGAAGAUAUAUCACAUCUACUGACAACUAAGCCGAGUGUUUCACCCACUGUCAAACCUGACUCAAGCCCUACUCCCACCACCAAGCCAGGCACCAACACUGAGCCCACGGCCCCGGAAGAGCCAGAGGGCCCGUCUUUCUGUCCAGAUAACCCUUGUGAAAAUGAUGGUGUCUGUGUCAUGGUAGAUAGAGCACCAGUGUGCAGAUGUCCAGUAGGUGACGACUGGUGGUACAUGGGAGAAAAGUGUGAAAGGAAAGGCACAGCUCAAGAAAAUAUUGUAAUAGCUGUUUCUUCAACCGUAGCUGUAUUUGUUGUAAUGCUUAUUGUCACUAUCACAACUGCAGUGUGCCUUAAAAAGAAAUACAGAAAAGGAAAGGAAAACAGGGAGAGCUUGACUCUGGAAGAAACUAAAACGUCCUUCUGAAGAUAAUGCAAAUAAGCAUCAAAGACACAAGAUGAACAUCACUGCAAAACCACAACUUCGUCAUCAUUCUUUCUGCUCCUUUUAUCUCAACCAUCACGAUAAAGGUUUGUAAAGUCUGGAAAAUAAUUAAUCAUCUGGAUAAAAUACUGUGUUUAAGUCA